GGCCUUGCAGAUCUCUGCAGAUCUCUCAUCCACCAGAUACUGAAGAAAGAUCUCGCUUUUGCUUUUCUGCUCCAAGAGAAUCGAUUAUGGUUCUCUCCUUAGACUUUCAGGCUUUCAUUCUCCGUGCACGGGUGCUGAAGCUCUACAGACAAGCACUGAGAAUUGCUCGACGGGCUCCUAGUCAUUCCAGAGAUGAUUUAAGGCAGGCCAUUCGACAAGAAAUGGAGACUAACAGGCACUGUGACAACAAGCAAAGGAUACGCUUUUUGAUUAGCGAAGGAUUAGAGAGGUUGAAAGGUCUGGAUGAAAUGCUUGAUAUGCAGGGCCAUUAAUCGGUAGAGUUGAAUUGUAUUAUUUCUUUGCUACUGGAAGUGACAAGUUCACAAGCACCAGCAAACAUUUGGUGGAGUUGAUAAAAUAUGUAUGGUUUGAGAAACUUGUGCCUCUUAAAACUCGAGGAAGACUAUUUAUAAAUUAUUUAUAAU